CGGUUUUUCAUAAUUAGCAACCACUGGUAGCACCCCUUAGUUGCUGUUAAGUCUGCUUGCACUCGCUCCCUCCAGCUUGAUAUGUUUUUAAACCGUUUACUUUGCCCUGAAUUGCGGAAUUCGUCCUAGAAACGGUCUACGUACAUUCCAAAUUUUUCAAUUAACUGUUGCUACUUCCUUGUGCUGUUUCAUUCCAUUAAUUAGCAGCCUCUUGAAUAAUGUUUAUGCAAGGGGAUUUUAAUCGUUUUUUGCAUAAUUGCUAAUAUGCGGCUUAUUUUAAAUGCGAAAACACUUCCUUGAUAAUAAGCAAUUGCUGCAGCACGUCGCCCUUCUAUCGGAGAUCAAAAUCAGACCACACAGCCAGGAUGAUGGACGUGAAGACGACCAAAGUGAGCAAAGCUCGUUACUACAUUUUCAAGCUGUUCUUGUGCUUGCGCUACUACCUGGACCUGCUGAUAGACAGGCUGUUUGGCAUCUACUACGACUCAAAACGCGAAUACAUUCCGAAAGUGAAGAACCAGCUGGUGUUGGAAAGCGCCACAGCCUUAGCUAGGAAGAUUCAACGGCGAGAACUCACCUCCGUGCAAGUAGUCGAAGCCUUCAUCGAGCGCAUCCAGCAAGUGAACCCCAUAAUAAACGCUAUAGUCGACAAUAGAUUCGAGGACGCUUUGAGCGAAGCUCGGCAGAUUGAUCAGGAUAUCGCCAAUGGGACCAUCCAGGAGGUGGACUUUCAAGAUAAACCCUUCCUUGGCGUCCCGUUCACCAGCAAGGAAUCCACGGCCGCUAAGGGACUGUCAUGGACCUUCGGGCUAAAGAAGCGACAGGGAAAAAAGGCGUCGUUUGACGCCCACUGCAUAGAAUCGAUGAAGAAGUCGGGAGCUAUUUUAUUGGGGGUUUCCAAUGUGCCCCAGUUGAAUCUGUGGCAGGAAACCAGCAAUCCCGUAUUCGGCCUCACCAGAAACCCCUACAACACCACCAGGAACGUCGGCGGCUCCUCCGGAGGAGAAGCGGCCAUUCUGGCGGCUUGCGGAUCUCCCUUAGGAGUCGGGACAGACAUCGGGGGCUCCGCCCGGAUCCCCGCCUUCAUGUGCGGCGUCUUCGGCCACAAAAUCAGCAACAGCAUCGUUUCCACCAAAGGCCUAACAUAUCGGACAGGCGAGGAAGAAGAGACGAUGGUUUGCGUAGGGCCUUUGGCCAGACAUGUGGAUGAUUUGCUGCCCUUCAUCAAGCUGCUGGCUGGAAGCAACGCUGAUCGGCUCAAUCUGGGCCUACAGGUGCCGGUUAAGAAGCUGAAGGUCUACUAUGUGACCAACCCGAAGGACCCCCUGAUGAGCCCGUUUAGGGAGGAAAUGCACUCCGUUUUGUUGAAGGCCGUGAGACAUUUGGAGGGGCUUUGCCUGGAAAAGCCCCAAGAAUUGGUGUUCGAGCAGCUCCAGCACCAGUACAAGCUGUGGAAGUACUGGAUGUCGCUGGAAAUGAAGAAUUUCCGCAAGGACCUCAACAACAGAGAAGGGGAUCAGGUGAACGCCGUCUGGGAAAUCAUCAAGCAUUUCCUGUUUGGUGGCGACUUUACUACGGCCACAGUGUUCAAUCUGAUCAACGGAUUCCUCAAACCUGUGAACAGUGUUUGGGCAGUUGAAGUCACCCAGUCUCUAAAAGAGGCUUUCUUGACAAAACUGGACGAUAACAGCGUUCUGCUGUACCCUUCAGCCCCAUUCCCGGCCAGCUACCAUAACGCCGCCCUUUUGCGGCCGUACAACUUCGACUGUUUCGCCUUGUGGAACACCAUGAAAUUCCCGGUCACUCAAGUGCCCAUGGGUUUGGGGAAAGAGGGGCUUCCGUUGGGGGUUCAAGUGGUGGCCGCUCCCGAUCAAGACCGGCUGUGUUUGGCAGUCGCAAAGGAGCUGGAGAGGGAGUUUGGCGGCUUUGUGCCCCCCGUUAUUGUGGCCGAUAAGUAAUAGUUUGGUGCAGGUAGCUUACUGAUGUUUUAUUUGCAUAAAUGCCGAUGAAAAUUG